AGGGGGGGUCACGUCGGAACGUGGACUUUGCUCCUGUCCUCAGGUGCUUUGAAAAUGCUGCAUGACAUCGAAGAACUGACGGGGGCGGGACAUGCAGGGUCUGUGGCGGAAGAAAUGCUGGAAGAUGCUCUGAGUGCGGGUACUAUCGCCUCUAGAUUGAACUCCCCGGAGUCUUUGUCCUCAUCUCCAUCCGUUUUGCAACACGUGUGCGAAGCUAUUCAAGAUUUGCGGAAGAAAACUAAGGCACAAAAGCGGAGACUAGCGCAGCAGAAUCGGUGCCGUACUCUGUCAGCGAUGGGUCUCUCUAUCACACAGGGUUAUGCGUCUACUCUAGGUCCAUCAAUUGCUUUGCCUAUGCGUGAAGCAGACGCGGCCUCUCAACAAGAAGGGAACAAGGCGGCUGCCCACAUCAUAAUCGACGACGCAGGAGGCAACGUCACUCCCUCCUCUUCCGCGGUCUCCUCUGAAUCUUCUCUUUUACAUCUGAGUGGCGAAGCAGCGUCCUCUGACUCUGUCUCACGUCAUCGUCGUCCGCGGUCUCUGUCUCUCUCGGCAUUGCCCUCGUCUACCGCCUCCUUCCUCCCAUCCAGCAUGUCGGCCACAAAGAAAGCAAUUUCAAAAACGUUGCUUUCUGCUUCUACUUCGAGCCACUCGAAUUGGUUGAAAGACUUACAAGGACUCCCGGAAGAGCCGGGACUGGCAUGUGAGGUUUGUCAAGAAGGCUUGGCUUUGAAACCCUCCGAGGUUUUGGGCGUGUAUAUUUACAGCAAGGGCGUUGGCCCUUGCGAUGUUGCAUCUUUGGAGGGUGAUAUUGUCAUGCUGAGCAGGGAUAAUUCCCGGAGCAGUGGUGGAUCGGAAGCAUCGACCGGGAUGACUGCGGCAGGACCUACGUCAGGGACGACAGCGGCAGUGCCUGCGUCCGGGUCCACAUUGUCGACGACCGCUCUGCUACGCGCACGCACCCUUUUUGAACCUUUUGGACAGGAAGAAAUGGGAGAGGAGGGAAGAGGUAUGGAAGAAGGAGAAAAUGGAGGAAGAGGACGAAAUUUUACUUGGGGCCGACGUCACCUUCUGGCGAGUGCAAGCUCUUCACCCCCCUCGUCUGCCGGGUCUCGCCGCAGUUGCCGUUUAGUGACCACUGUCUCGGCCUUCAACCUCAUUCAUCUUUCCUGCCAUGCAGAGGCAGCGCGUGCUGAUCGGGUUCUGAAACAGCCCAAAGGGGAAUGGGAAGGUGCUUCCCUUCGGAACUCUCGUGUGAGCGCCAACGGCCUUCUUCCCAUACGAGGGCCUCAGACGUCUCCAGACGCGUUCUCGCAGGCAGUCGAUAAGCAUUUUGCCCGGCUGAAAGCAUUUCAUCAACAUGCCCCUGUCUCUCGUCUCGGCCUGGUCGCUCAUGACGUUCGCUUCCUAUUGCUUAGGGUUUCGUACGGUGAUAGCUUGAGGAAAGACUCCGGUGGAGGGUCUUUGUCAAGCAACUUAAAGCUAGUGCCCUACCAGCUGGCCAUGGCGGAGUACUUAAAAAGGGAGGAAGGCAACGAGGAGAAGUGUGAAGGGAGAAAAGUAUCUGUCUUAAAAGAAGCGGUGUGGGCGUGGCUGGAAAAAGGGAAGAAAAUGCUGCACGGCUUAGGGGAGGAGUGUGCAAAAACGGAGGUUCCACAAGGAGAGCAGGUAGCUGAAUAUGCAAGCAAAGUGGAAUCAGGUCGAGAAGAGCUGUGGCGAUCAAGCGGCGUUGAUGUAGCUGCAACGAUGAGAGGAACACAGAGAUUGUCAUCACCCGGGCAAGCGAAGAAACGCAAGAGAGAUGGCAAGCUGUCCCUUAUGGAUGAUCUGUCGGAGUUGGCGGCUGGCUCGACUUCCAUGCCCAUGUUUGCCGUGUUGUUCUUCUCGCUAGAAGAGUGGGAGGCGGCUCGUCCAGUUUUCGCACGACUUCUACUGCUCUCGGCACACCUUUGUCAGGGAGAGGGCAAUCUGCAUAGUAUGAGCAUUCAACAGGCCGGAGGGGAAUUGAAUGCGUCCAGAAUGGGAGCGGGAGCUUUUCAAAGCCAGACAAGGGGAUUUCAGAAGCAUAAAGAUUUGGGAGACGGGAGUAGAACUCAGAAACGUCGACGGGCACUUCCUGAGGGUGACAUGUUGGAUACAAAUACAAGACCUAUGGCUUGGAAUGAAGAAGGAGUGGAUGAGGAUGAGGAUGACGAAGAUGAGAAAGGGGACAAGGAGGAUGUACAUGAACGGGAGGGGAAGCAGCUGGCUCGGGUCCGAGGACGUCCGUUGUUGAUAUAUUUGACUCUAUUGGACCUCUUGGUUAAGGGAUUUAAAGGAAGGAGACAAGAAAGGGAGGAAGGCGGAAGAUCUGAGGGAGAUGGAUUGUAUGAAGAUGACCAGCAAAAUACGAGAGUAUGUGAAGAAAUUGCAUCAAAAUUUGAAGAGUUAACGAGCGAGAAAGAGAACGAGGGAUGGCUUUUUCGCGUAUUGACGGGGAAUAUUUCUCUAGGGGAGGUGAGAGGGGUAAGAGUAAUACCAGGUGCCACCCGGGACAAGGAUGGAGCUGAUGAGGUUAUCCGCCUUGUCAGAUGUGGUGGUAGCUCCCUUUUGUAAACACGCUUAAAUACUCAUGUAUAGCAGCUUGGACAUUACGUGUAAAAGUGAAUGCACUGACACCAUUGAAUUGGGCGGCUCAUCGAGGGUUUGCGAGCGCGGGAAGCAUAGAGGAAGUACCAACACAUCCUCCCAAAAAAAUCAUUUAGAGGG